AUGCAACCCAUCGGUCGACGACGCCGCUGGCGCAAUGUGGUGGAGCGGGCGCAAUUCAACGCGCAAUUGCGUCAAAUGAGGGAUCCGGGUCCUGGGGAUAAUAUUGGGAUGGCACUCACGGAAGCAUUACACCAAGCCAUUGAAACGGAACUCGGCCGUGAACAGCGACCCGCCCAUCAUUUUGUGAACUUUGCUAUUACAGCGCAUGGGUUCACCCACGCCUAUCAAACUGCCAAUUUCACUGUGGGGGAAUUUUUACAACGUACGGCUCGUUUGGAUGAGAUGUUGGCCACCCUGGCUGGCAAGUUAAACAGCAAUGAAGCCUUCAACCCCGAUCGCGGGUUCCAAGUAGAUGUGGUGUUUGUCUCUAUGCCUGGCCCAGGGUCUGGUCGACACAAAAAAACACUCAAUGCAGGACGUUCAUGUUUGGAUCGAGUCAAUAAAAAAAAGAAAUGCAUCAUCCCCAUCAAAAACAGAGAUGCCCUAUGCUGUGCCCGCGCCAUUGUCACCAUGCGAGCCCAUUGCCAUAAAGAUCAAGGCGUGGACGGGUUUCGCGACUGGGAGAAUCUCAAACGUGGGCUUCCUGUGCAGCAGCGUCAAUCCCAGGCCCUCCAUCAACAAGCAGGUGUGGCUGAGGGUCCCUGUGGAUUACCCGAGCUUCGUCAAUUUCAACAAGCGUUGGGGUCUCAAUAUCAACUCUUGGUGAUGACCCGGAUGAAACCGUUUUUUUUGAUCUUCAAAGGCCCCACCGCCCCUCAUCAGAUUCGUUUACUGAAAUCCAACGAUCAUUUUGAUGGCUGCACGUCUUUUCCUGCCUUUGUAAACCGUUCGUAUUAUUGUGUGGACUGUGAACGGGGGUUCAACUCCAACGAUCGGACCCAUCACACUUGUCAAGGAAGACGUUGCUCCGCGUGUGGGCGCUUUGAUUGUCCGGAGUAUGUGCGUGGCACCCGUCCCACCGAGUAUUGCAGUUCGUGUCACCGCAAGUUUUAUGGUAUCCAUUGUAUGCAAUAUCACGUGGUCAGCCGACAAUGUCAAUCCAUCAAAUGCUGUCGCAAGUGUCAAGCCCAAUAUACGGUCGUCCGCAACCAGCGUCACCAGUGCGGGUACGCCAAAUGCCUCGUGUGUCAGGAAUGGGUACCCAUCCAAGACCAUAAAUGUUACAUUCAGCCUGUGGUGGAGGAGCAUGAGGAGACUGAACCCACAGAGGAGGGGGGAGGUCGCAUGGUGGCGCCACCCCCUCCCCUGUUUGUUUACGCGGAUUUUGAAGCCAUGCAAAAUGAGGAAGGCGUGUUUGUAGCCAAUUUGUUGUGUUAUUCAUCGAGUGCCGAAACGACUAUUCAUGUAUUGGACGGGGAGGAUUGUGCCCUACAAUUUUUGCGUGAUUUGGAUGAUCUCACCGACGUUCCAGACAGCGAGGGCGAGCGGGAGAUUCUCGUGGUAUUUCACAAUUUGAAAGGCUUUGAUGGCAUGUUUAUUCUCCACGAACUCUACCAGCAACAACGCGUGGUCGAGGAUCAACUGACGGUGGGAGCCAAAGUCCUAUCGUUCAAGAGCGGACCCCUCAAAUUCAUUGACUCGUUAUGUUUCUUGCCCAUGCCACUCGCUUCUUUUCCCAGUACCUUCAAUUUGACCGAAUUAAAGAAGGGGUUCUUUCCCCAUUUAUUCAAUACCCCCGAUCACCAACAGUAUGUGGGCCGCAUCCCCGAUUUGGAGUUUUAUGAUCCUGAUGGCAUGAUGGCCAAAAAGAAAGAGGAACUGACCCGUUGGCACGCCGAUCAAGUCCGUCGAAACGUGCCCUUCGAUUUCAAACAAGAAAUGAUCGACUAUUGCAAAUCAGAUGUGGCUCUAUUGAAAGCGGGGUGUGAAGCCUUUCAAGAGGAAUUUGAACAGCAGGCUGGCUUCAACCCUAUGGCCAAGUGUAUCACCAUCGCCAGUGCUUGCAAUCUGUAUUGGCGCAAGCAUCAUUUGACCCCCGACACCAUUGCGGUGGAACCUCUCGGAGGGUGGCGAGGGGCCCAAGUCAAUCAAUCCCUCAAGGCCCUCCAAUGGCUCUACUACCAAGAACACCUUAUUCCCAAAGAGGGGGCCAGUGCUGACCGUAUUCGUCACGUUCGUAACGGGGGCGAACAGUCCAUCCGAACCAGUGCCAAUACUCAUUUCGUGGAUGGCUACGAUCCCCUGACUCGCACCGUCUACGAGUUUCAUGGAUGUCUCUACCAUGGCUGUCCCCGCUGUUAUCCUAAUAGGCAAGCCAAACAUUAUGUGGUGCCGGACAGAAGCGUCGAGGAACUCUAUCAAGCCACGCUCUCCAAACGCAUGGCACUGCUCCGAGCAGGCUAUACGGUGAUCGAAAUGUGGGAAUGUGAAUGGGACAACUUGGUAGACAGUGAUGAAGCCGUCCAACAUUUCUUGACGUCCUUUGAUCUGGUGGCACCCCUGGAACCCCGUCAAGCCUUCUUUGGAGGUCGAACCGGUGCCGUCGCUCUGCAUGCCGUGGCUGGAGAGGGUGAGGAAAUACGUUAUGCGGACGUGACCUCCCUGUACCCGUGGGUCAACAAAAACUGUCCUUACCCCAUCGGGCAUCCGCGGAUCAUCACGCAGCCCGCUGACCAGUCCCUGGAAUCCUAUUUUGGUGUCGCCACCGUGGAUAUUCUUCCCCCCGCUGGUUUGUUCCACCCUGUUCUGCCCGUGCGCAGUGGAAACAAACUCACGUUUCCUCUCUGCCGCGCCUGUGUCCAGACCGAACAGGCCCAAUCCAUGCUGACUAGAACCCGUUAUUGCCCUCAUUCUGACACGGAACGCACGCUACGCGGCACCUGGUGUACACCCGAAUUGGUUAAAGCUGUCGAAAAGGGGUACACGCUGAUCAAAAUCCAUGAAGUCUGGCAUUUUCCCCCUGAGCAACGCCAAACAGGUCUUUUUGCUGAUUACGUGAACACGUGGCUCAAGAUCAAACAGGAAUCCGCGGGGUGGCCGAGUUGGUGUCAGACCCUUGAGCAGAAACGCGACUACAUUCUUCGUUACCAGGAACGGGAGGGUAUCCGACUGGACAUUGCCAGCAUAGCCAAAAACCCCGGUCGCAAGACCACAGCCAAACUCAUGCUGAACAGCUUCUGGGGUAAAUUCGGGGAGCGAAUCAACAAACCCACCACUGUCACCGUUCAACAGCCCGCCGAUUUGUUCAAUCUCAUCUCUGAUGCUGCCCUCGAUCUCAGCACGCUCCGCCUUUGUACCGACGACAUCUUGGAGGCUGUCUACACCAGUGUCCACGACAAUGCUGUCAAAGGCACCAAGACCAACAUUUUCGUGGCAGCUUUCACCACCUGUCAUGCUCGAUUGAAGCUGUAUGAGUCCCUAAACACCCUUCAACAGCAAGUCCUUUACUAUGAUACAGACAGUGUGGUGUACAAGUGGCGUCCCGGUCAACCCAGCAUUGCCACCGGGGAUUUUCUCGGCGACAUGACCGACGAAUUAGAUGGAGACGUCAUCACCGAGUUUGUUUCGGGGGGCGCCAAGAAUUAUGGGUACCAGACCCGUGGUGGCAAAGUGGUGUGCAAGGUACGCGGUUUCACCCUGAACGUCCGCGGGUCGGCCAUUCUCAAUUUUCAGACUAUGAAAGACAACAUUCUCUCCGAAUUAGACUCGCCUCAGGACUCUCGCCGAAAUUUGAACAUGACCAACCCUUAUUAUUUCAAACGAGAUCUAGAAAAGAAACAAAUUCAAGUGGUUCCGCGCGUGAAGCAGUAUGGGUUGGUGUUCGACAAGCGUGUCAUUGAUGUCACCACUCGUUCCAGUUAUCCCUAUGGCUACGAAAGGAUUGGGAAUGAACUCGAUUUGCUAUUAGAUUUGUAA